AUGCAAUCUUCUGAUGAUAUCCUCUGCAUUUUCUACAUGCUUCAGAUUAUAAUUGGAGUCUUUGGGAAUGUCUUACUCCUUUGCCUGUAUGCUUUUAACUUAAUCAGUAGUCAAAGGAUAAGACCCAUUGAUGUAAUUUUUGUUAAUUUGGCCCUUUCCCACAUUGUGAUGAUACUCUUCAGGGGAAUUCCAGUGGCAAUCCAAGUGUGCAUCCAGAAAAUUUUCCUGAGUGACAUUGAAUGUAAAAUCAUAGUUUAUCUGCAAAGAGUGUCCCGGGGUCUUUCCCUUUGCACUACCUGCCUCCUGAGUGUCUUCCAGGCCAUCACCAUCAUUCCCAGCAGCCCCAAAUGGGUAAAAGUCAAAGCCAAAGUCCCACAGUGCCUCAUCCCAUCCUGUGCCUUCAUGUGGGUAUUCAAUUUGUUGACAGACUUGGUUGUGCCUAUGCAUGUGACUGGCCCUAGAAACGACACAGUCAGUAACCUUAACAGAAACCCAGGGUUUUGCUUUAUGGACUGGAAAGGUAUGUCUGCCUCAAAACUUGUUAUUUGGAAAUCACUUCAUGAUGCAGUGUUUUUAGGGCUCAUGGCCAUUAGCAGUGGUUACGUGAUGCAUGUUUUGUUCAGACACCACUGGCAAGUUCAACACCUUCAUAACACUAGCCUCAAUCCCAUUGCCUCACCAGAGACCAGAGCCACCAAAGUCAUCCUGUUGCUCACUAUUUUCUUUGUAUGCUGUUAUUCAGGUGCUUCCAUCAUUAUCAUUAUAGUGGAAAAUUCUAAAGAGAUAGAGAGAUGGGUGACAUACAUGUCUAUUUUUUUGACCUCCUCUUAUUCUACAAUCUGUCCCUUUGUUUUAAUCAGUAGUGACUCACAGAUCCUCAGUUUUUGCAAUGUUUUCAAAAGGAGGAAAAAUUCUUAUCCCAACUUAUUAGUAUCUUAG